AGAUUACUUUUGUAACGUCUGUAUACACUGUCGGCCAAUUUAAGCACCGGUGCGUAAUUACGCGUCGUUAUUGACAAAGUUAGAAACCACUAACAUUCCUUAAUGUGGGCAUACUUUACAAUUAACACGAAGUUCGUCGCUGCAUUUAAAAGAAGUAUCGAUGCUCAUUGAUAGGGAGAUUGGGUGAGUUGGGUGUAGCAAGCCAGAGAAGGGGGGUGUGACCAAAUCAAAACUUUUCUUCAAUGGGCUACCUGUGGAGGACCCGGGCGCUGCGCAUAAAUACUCCUGCUUCUCAGAAUAAGUUCAGUCCUGAGGGAGAGACACAGAGACGAAAUUAGGUUUUGGGAAUCUGUUUAAGGCGGAUUAUGAAUGCUUUUGGACACCAACCAUCUAACCCACAGAGCAGCCCUAUUCAGCACAGCGCCCAGGAGCUCCUGGACAUGGCCGUGUACUGCGACAACUACGGCGUUUACCAGCAGAAUCUGCAUCACCAUCACACUCAGAGGCCGCCUACCCACCCCUCCGGUUACGGCCUCGGAGAGUACUCGCCCCCCUCUACAAACCCAUACCUAUGGCUAAACGGACCGAGCAUCAACUCUUCUCCUUAUCUUCAAGGGAACAACGGCACAUCUUAUAUUCAGUCUGGAUACGGUUCUAACCAGAGGCAGUUCUUACCGCCUCCCACCGGGUUUGGUGGAGCAGACCUGGGAUGGCUAUCCAUAUCCAGCCAGCAGGAGCUCUUCAAAAUGGUUAGACCGCCUUAUUCUUACUCCGCACUGAUAGCGAUGGCCAUACAAAAUGCCCAGGACAAAAAGUUGACUCUCAGUCAGAUCUAUCAGUAUGUGGCCGAUAACUUCCCUUUCUACAAGAAGAGCAAAGCUGGGUGGCAGAAUUCAAUUCGCCACAACUUGUCACUGAACGACUGUUUCAAAAAAGUGGCACGGGACGAGGAUGACCCAGGUAAAGGAAACUACUGGACUCUUGACCCAAACUGUGAGAAGAUGUUUGACAACGGGAACUUCAGGCGUAAGAGAAAGAGGAGAUCAGAUUUGAACGGAGCUGACAGCACAGCUCUUCCACUCAAAUCUGAAGACGGCGCACACAAGCUCGCCGACACCGCCAUCCUCCUGAGUGCCUCCCCGCCCAGCCUGCACGGGUCUCCGGCCUCCACUGAGCCCAAGUCCUCCCCGUCUCCCUCCGCGGAGCACAGCCCCUGUUUCAACAGCUUCUCAUCCAGCGUGAACUCGAUCCUGGCGAGCAGCGGGGGAAGCGACGGCGCCCGGGGCGUAGAGCGUGGAGACUACGGCUCCGGGCACGUCGGGGGACUAUCUCAGCCCAGAGAGGGCAUGUCUGGACUGGGCUCCUACUCAUCUUCUGUGAUCUCUCCUCUGAACUCUGACAACAGCAGAAUGAACUAUUACACAUCAGUACAGAGCCUCUCCAACCAUUUCAGUGUGAAUAACCUCCUAUACAGCCGGGAAGGAACAGAGGUGUAGACUGCUCACAGUUCUUAUGUAACCUCCUGUUAAUACUCAUUUUCUGGUGUGGUUGGCCACCUUGUAGUAUGACUACUGGAACUAAACUGGUGUUUAUCACAGUGACCCUCCCAAACUGGGAAAAUUUGUCAGUGCAUCUUCCCACUGAGAUCUGAUGGGUAGAUUAAAAAAAACAAAACACACUGUAGCAGCUGGGUUGGACCAGUUAGUCUUUAAAGAAGAUGCCUAUGUACAGAAAUUAUUUUCAUAAGAAGAACCAUGACUUGUAUGUUAGACUUAAUUGUGUUUUAUUUAAACUUGUGUCCUCUAUGUUUGAAUAAAAGUCAUUUAUUUGAACUCCA